AUGGCUGACGAGGACAUUGUCAUUCCCACCAAGUCUGGCUGCACGUCCACCAUGACAUUUACACAAUCUCGCCUCCCUACUCCACCCUUCUGGCCGCAGUGCUCCUGGAACGGGACUGUCACCGCAUACCCGUCUACCGUCACGGUUACUGGCUCGGUGGAUUGCGAUGGCUGCACAGAUGUCCGGAUUGUGCAAGUCCCAAUCGUUCAUUGCCCGGUCAUGAUCAUUUCGACGGUCAUACGUGUGUCGACACCUUCGACCUUGUAUCGUACGGUCUGCUCGGCGACGCCUACACCUGAAGUUGAUGCGUGA